CCCCGGCCCCCGCGUCGCCCCAUAGCCCGGGCCGUACUGCGUGCCGCCCGCAGCGACCCUGAGCCCCCGUCCCCGCACGCUGCCUGGGAACCGAAGCGCAGGAGCGAGCGCGCCUGGAAGCGCGACCCAGAGAAGGAGCGGGAAGCAGAGCGCAGCCGCCGCCGCCGGGCCCUGCGCGCCCCGGGAGCGCAGCGCGGCCCUGCCCGCGGGCUCCGGGUGUCCGCGGGGCGGCGCCGCGGAACAUGACGGCGCCCUGGGCGGCCCUCGCCCUUCUCUGGGGAUCGCUGUGCGCCGGUUCCGGGCGCGGGGAGGCUGAGACUCGGGAGUGUAUCUACUACAAUGCCAACUGGGAGCUAGAGCGCACCAACCAGAGCGGCCUGGAGCGCUGUGAGGGCGAGCAGGACAAGCGGCUGCACUGCUACGCCUCCUGGCGCAACAGCUCGGGCACCAUCGAGCUGGUGAAGAAGGGUUGCUGGCUGGAUGACUUCAAUUGCUAUGACAGGCAGGAGUGUGUGGCCACAGAGGAGAACCCUCAGGUGUACUUCUGCUGCUGUGAAGGCAAUUUCUGCAACGAACGCUUCACCCACUUGCCAGAGCCUGGGGGCCCAGAAGUCACGUACGAGCCACCCCCGACAGCCCCCACCCUGCUCACGGUGCUGGCCUACUCGCUGCUGCCCAUUGGGGGCCUCUCCCUUAUCGUCCUGCUGGCCUUCUGGAUGUAUCGCCAUCGCAAGCCUCCCUACGGCCAUGUGGACAUCCAUGAGGAUCCUGGGCCUCCGCCCCCAUCCCCUCUGGUGGGCCUGAAGCCUUUGCAGCUGCUGGAGAUCAAGGCUCGGGGUCGCUUUGGCUGCGUUUGGAAGGCUCAGCUCAUGAAUGACUUUGUAGCUGUAAAGAUCUUCCCACUCCAGGACAAGCAGUCGUGGCAGAGUGAACGGGAGAUCUUCAGCACGCCUGGCAUGAAGCACGAGAACCUGCUGCAGUUCAUUGCCGCCGAGAAGAGAGGCUCCAACCUGGAGGUGGAGCUGUGGCUUAUCACAGCUUUCCACGACAAGGGCUCCCUCACGGAUUACCUCAAGGGGAACAUCAUCACAUGGAAUGAACUGUGUCAUGUGGCAGAGACGAUGUCGCGAGGCCUCUCGUACCUGCAUGAGGAUGUGCCCUGGUGUCGUGGCGAGGGCCACAAGCCUUCUAUUGCCCACAGGGACUUCAAAAGCAAAAAUGUGCUGCUGAAGAGUGACCUCACUGCUGUGCUGGCAGACUUUGGCCUGGCCGUCCGGUUUGAGCCCGGGAAGCCUCCGGGGGACACCCAUGGGCAGGUUGGCACUAGACGGUACAUGGCCCCUGAGGUGCUGGAGGGAGCCAUCAACUUCCAGAGAGAUGCCUUCCUGCGCAUCGACAUGUACGCUAUGGGGCUGGUGCUGUGGGAGCUUGUUUCUCGUUGCAAGGCUGCAGAUGGGCCUGUUGAUGAGUACAUGCUGCCCUUUGAGGAGGAGAUUGGCCAACACCCUUCACUGGAGGAACUGCAAGAGGUGGUUGUCCACAAGAAGAUGAGGCCUGCCAUUAAGGAUCACUGGCUGAAACAUCCGGGCCUGGCCCAGCUCUGUGUGACCAUUGAGGAGUGCUGGGACCAUGAUGCAGAGGCUCGCCUUUCUGCAGGCUGUGUGGAGGAGCGGGUGUCCCUGAUCAGGAGGUCAGUCAACGGCACUACCUCGGACUGUCUAGUCUCUCUGGUGACCUCUGUCACCAACGUGGACCUGCCCCCUAAAGAGUCCAGCAUCUAAGCCCAGGAUACGAGUGUCUCUCCAGACUCAGUGGAUCUGAAGAAAAGGGAAAAAAGUUGUGUUUUGUUUUGGAAAUCCCA